UGGUGCGCGCGCGGCGGGCUCCGGUGGCGGCCCCGCGGCUGGAGCGGGGAGAGAGCGACGGCCCGGCCCGGCCUUUGGGCGGGAGCCUCGGUUCGCCGUUAGAAACGGCGCCUCUGCCGUGCGGGAGCAGCAGCUUCGCGCCUCCCUGGGGCGGCUCCGCGCUGAGGGAUCCCGGAGCAGGGGAGUCGUUCCGUGACCGUCCCCCUUCUCUGCAGCCAUGAGAGCAAAAAAGAAGGUGCAAAUCAAAGAAGCCUUUCAGCUAGCCCAGAAGCCUCACCAGAACCGCGCCAAGCUUGUUCUGACUUUGAAGAGUACCUAUGACCAGUUGGGAGAUAAGGAAGAUUUUCAUGAAAAAUUCAUUCACUUCCUUAAGUAUGCUAUGAUAAUCUACAGACGGGAACCUGCAGUGGAACAAGUGAUCGAUUUUGCGGCUAAAUUUGUUACUUCAUUUUGUCAAAUGGAGAAAGAGGAUGGUAGUGAGGCGGGAGAAGAGGAUAAUUUACUUCUGAAUUAUGUGUUUAACUUUCUGCUCGAGUCUCACAAUGCGAACAGCCAUGCAGUUCGGUUUCGAACAUGUCAGCUUGUUAACAAGAUUUUGGGAAAUAUGCCAGAGAAUGCCCAAAUUGAUGAUGAUUUAUUUGAUAAAAUUAAUGAAGCUAUGCUGGUUAGACUUAAAGAUAAAUUUUCAAAUGUGAGAAUUCAAGCUGUUUUGGCCCUGUCGAGACUUCAAGAUCCUAAGGAUGAAAACUGCCCUGUUGUUAAUAUUUACAACACCUUGCUUGAAAAUGAUUCAAAUUCAGAAGUGAGGCGUGCAGUGCUUUCCUGUAUUGCUCCAUCAGCAAGGACCUUGCCAAAAAUCGUAAGCCGCACCAUGGAUGUAAAGGAAGCUGUCAGGAAGCUGGCAUAUGAGGUUUUGGCAGAAAAAGUUCAUAUGAGAGCUCUGUCAAUAGCACAAAGAGUAAAAUUGUUGCAACAAGGACUUAAUGACAGAUCUGAUGCUGUUAAGGAGGUAAUAAAAAAGAAGCUACUUCAAGCCUGGUUACGAAUGACUGAGGGGGAUGUUUUGGAAUUGCUUCAUCGACUGGAUGUGGAAAACUGCCCAGAAGUGGCCACCCCAGUACUAAAUGCUAUGUUUUCAUUAUCUCCACUUAAUAACUUUGUUCAUAAUUGUAAAAACCUUGAUAGCAGAAAACUGAUUCCACUGGAAGACUUAACAGCUGAGAAUGUGUUAUAUUGGAGAUGUCUUUGUGAAUAUUUAAAAUCAAAAGGUGAAGAAGGUGAAGUUUUACUAGAACAGAUGUUGCCAGAACCAGCUGUAUAUGCAGAUUAUUUAUUAAGUUACCUUCAAAAUAUGCCAGUUCUUACUGAAGAACAAAGAGAAGACUUUGCUUGUUUUGAAAACCUGAUGACAAAAGAAUUUAUAGGCCAGCAACUGAUUCUUAUCAUAGGCUGCAUGGAUACCACGGAAGAGGGAGGAAGAAAGCAUCUGUUAGUUACUUUACAAAAGAUUCUCAUUCUACCUGCGACUUCAACAGCCCUUAUAUCGCCACUUACGGAAAGAUUACUCAGUAUUGUUAAGGAUGAUGACAGAAGGAUUCAAAUCAUUGCAGAAAUAAUAUCAGAAGUUCGUGAGCCGAUUGUUACAGUCGAGCAGCCUGUUGAUGUUACUGAAAUAAGAAAGCGAGAGCUUAAGUUGGCUGAAAUAAAAGUGAAACUUUUUGAAGCAAAAGCAGCUUUGGAAGAAUGCAUUAGUCUGCAGGAUUUCAAUAAAGCAUCAGCGUUAAAAGAGAAAAUAACUGAGUUGGAACACACUAAAAAGGAUCUGAUAAAAGAAGUAGAGCAACCCGAAAUUAAAGAAAUGCGUGUGGAGAAGGAUGAUCCUGAAACACUGUUGAAGUGUCUGAUGAUGUGUUAUGAGCUUCUGAAGAUUCUGUCCUUUUCUAAAGGAAUUGGUCCAACCAUUAAUGAAAUCAUCGAAUCUCUGAUACUUCCUGGCAUAACUAAUGUCCAUCCAGCUGUGAGAAAUAUGGCAGUUCUGUGUUUGGGGUGCUGUGCCCUUCAGAAGAAAGAGCUUGCCCGACAACAGCUCGCAUUGCUGUUACAGGUUUUACAAGUAGAUAAUCUAAAGGUAAAGCUCAGUGCUUUAAAGGCAAUCUUUGAUCAACUAAUGCUGUUUGGGAUUGAGCCAUUUAAAGCCAGAAGAGGCAAUGACUCUCAAAGUGGAGAUGCACACACUAGAACUGAAAAUUGUGAGGAAGAAAGUGAAAAAAUAGAGGAGGAGGAGGAGGAAGAGACUACUAUGGUUCACAACCUCCUGCAGCUUCUUUCUGGUUUCUUAGACAGUGAGUUUCCAGAACUUAGGACAGAAGCUGCAGAAGGCAUAGCCAAACUGAUGUUCUCUGGGAGGCUGAUCAGUGCCAAGCUCCUUUCUCGCCUUGUUUUGUUGUGGUAUAAUCCUGUGACUGAAGAAGAUACUCGGCUUAGACACUGUCUAGGAGUUUUCUUCCCUUUAUUUGCGUAUGCAAAUAGGUCUAACCAGGAAUGCUUUGAAGAAGCUUAUCUUCCAACUCUGCAAACACUGUUAAAUGCUCCUGCAACUUCACCUUUGGCUGAAAUAGAUAUCAGUAAUGUUUCUGAACUGUUAGUGGACCUGACCAGACCAAGUGGACUGAAACAUCAGUCUAAAAAAUCUCAGGACUAUCAGGACUUAACAGUGCAUGAUAGUUUAGCAGUGAAAAUUUGCAAUGAAAUCUUGAGGGACCCAACAGCGCCAGAUGUUCGUAUUUACACAAAAGCUUUAAAUUCACUGGAACUCAGCAGUUCUUCCACAGAGAAUCUUCUGGUUCUGAUCAAUGAGAUUCUAGAGGAAGUGAAAGAUAAACUGUGUCAAAGAGCUCUUGAGAAGUUCAAGAUGAACUUGACCAAAGAUCCUAACAUGGGCAAAGAGCACACUGAAAUGACUGAGGAAACGGGCCUCUCUGAAAGGACACAGGAAACCGAGACCACAUUAUCUGAAAAUACUAUUCAAAAUGAAGAAGAAAAUAACAAAGACGAUCUUCAUACUCCAGUUAAUGAUGUUCAAAGUAAAGCAACUGCAAAACCAAAAUCCACGAGAAACAAAACCGGCAAAGGACAACGGAAAGCAGCGUCAGAAGUGAGGUCCAUGAGCAGAAGGAAAACUGGCACAACUGCAGAAUGCGGCAGUGCAAGUGGUGAUGAGAUUCCAGAAUCUGUCCCAGCGUCCAGUUCAAGGCCUUCAAGACGAGCAAAAACGGUGGCACUUGAAAAAACGAGAAUGAAUCUUUCAAGACUUUUGAGUAGAGAAGCAGAUCAGUGAAGACAAAAGGAGAGAAGGUGUCCUUUGCUGCUGCUGGUAGUUAACAUCAGUCUUGAAACAUAAGAUUUGUUUUGUUGUUAGCCAUAUUUGACUCUUUUUAUACUAUGAUCAUUUAUAAUUCUAGAAUUUUCUAUGAACUUUUAAAUUCUUUUUCAAAUAGAUGAAUUUGAUGAUUUUCCCCAAUAUGAAGUCCAUCAUUCAUGUAAUAAAACCAUAUUAAAAUAUUA